CUUUAAACCGUGGAGUCCAGGGGACGCCUACAAUUCACAAGAAGAGGCGUGGCCGAUGAUUCAGUUCGGUCAGGAAUACAGAGGAUGGGAUCAUAAAAAUAGAAAAUAUUACUAUCACAGUCAUUCAGAGGAUUCUGGGUCUACAGGUGGGUUUACUGUGGCCGUAAUGAUUUUGCUCCUCUGGUUGUACAGCAUGUACAGACUCUGGAUAGUGUGGGCAAAUACACUCAACUUUGACGGGGCUGCAGCUGUACAAGGACAGAAAAGUUGGGAUUAUCUCAUUAAUUGGGUCCUGGGCAGAAUAGCUUCAGGAACUAGACGACUCAGCCGUAAACCCAGUUCUCCACGACCUAGCGCCAGCUUCGGUUCAAUUUCAUCCAGGGACUGUUUUUCUCCCAUACUGGAGACACAAGAACUCAAUUUGGAACCUGGUUUAAAUCCUUCUUACACAAAUGCUAUUCUGAAAUACUCGUGGGGCUCCCUGAAAUCCGUGAAAAGUCUGUUGCCAGGCAGAAUCAGCUGCUCCCAAAAAACCGGUUUGUACAGCACAGGGAACAUUCCACAUGUUCACACUGGUAGUGCUGCUGAAUCUAUCCAACGUACAUAUCACGAAAGCAGAUUUCCUUCCUCUUCAUCUUCACUUAAAAGUGUUUUUCAAGAACCAUAUUCUCCUUUAGAUUAUGAUCCAGAAUCCAAUAUGGCGGAUAAAAUUUCGAUGGCUGAGCAAAGUGGUUUGGACAAUUUUGAAGACAAGCUGAAAUUUUCAACUGAAGUUUGUAAAUUUGAAGGGUUAAAAGGAGGAAAAGUAAACCGUACUAAAACCAAAGUUGGGUUUAACAAGAACGAAACUCUGCGACAGAAAAACUUCAAAAAAAAUCUGCCAAGUUCUUUAAACCUCUGUGUACACGAGAGUCUGUACCGUGAUCCCGAUUCUUUACUUAUAACCCCAAAUAAUCUUACAUCAUGUCAAAAUUCUGAAACACACAAAAUGGAUAUUGGACACCAUGUGUACCAGGAAUCAAAAAACUCUGUAAAUCCUUUUCAAAGAAAAAAACGACGAAAGCUUGUUGAAAAUAUGGGUGACGAUGACUGGAAAAAGCAAGCUACCCGACAUCUUAACACACAGAAGGUCAAAGGUCAACUGACAAAAAUGAGCGCCAGUGAAUGGAAUAUGGGUGAACCUGAUGGGGAAAUUAAUGGAAUGAUUAGUGUUGGGAACAGAAGCAGAAGAGAAGUUAGAAACCUAAAUAGAGAUACUGUAAAAGAUCUUGGAACGUUUGAGAAGGCUGCUUUCAGGAAAAAGAACGCUUCGCGGCAAAACAGUGUUACUUGUGAUGGUGGGAUCAAGCUAAAUUCUGAACCAGCUCAAGUUCAUUCUUUUACAAGAAUAUUUCAAUCCACUUCAGUUUAGCUUUUCUUCCAUCAAAGCAUCUACAAGACCCAAAAUUUUAAGUGUGGGGGGGGGUUGUUGUUGCAAAUUUCCAAAUAAGUGUUUUUUGUAUCAUCCUAAACUUGAACGGUAUCUUUGAAACCUUCAUCUGAUCAAUAAUGUAGAAGAUAUUGUAGUUUUUCUAGGGUUUAAAAUUUUGAAUUUCUAUAUGUUUUCAUGGAGUAUAAAAUUGCACAAAUCA